CCUUUAUAUUUUCGCAGCCGGAAAAUUUUCCAUCUCCUUCUAAAAUUUGCGCCAAGACCCAACAGGAAGCAACGAUGCCGGCAAAACAGAGGACGCCGAAGGUCAGCCGAAACCCUGAUCUGAUCAGGGGAGUUGGCAAAUACUCCAGGUCGCAGAUGUACCACAAGAGAGGUCUUUGGGCUAUCAAGGCCAAAAACGGCGGCGUUUUCCCUCGCCACGACGCGAAGUCCAAGGUUGCUGCGGUAGCUGAGAAACCACCAAAGUUCUAUCCUGCUGAAGAUGUUAAGAAACCUCUCGCCAACAGGCGCAAGGCAAAGCCGACCAAGCUCAGAUCCAGCAUCACCCCAGGAACAGUGCUGAUGAUCCUUGCUGGUAGGUUCAAGGGCAAGAGAGUUGUCUUCUUGAAGCAGCUUCCCUCUGGUUUGCUUCUUGUGUCCGGACCGUUCAAGAUCAAUGGUGUGCCUCUGAGACGUGUUAACCAGUCUUACGUGAUCGGAACGUCCACAAAGGUUGAUGUUUCUGGUGUUAGCCUUGAGAAAUUCGAUGAUAAGUAUUUUGGAAAGGUGGCUGAGAAGAAGAACAAGAAGGGAGAAGGCGAGUUCUUCGAAGCAGAGAAAGAGGAGAAAAAGGCGUUCCCACAAGGGAAGAAAGAUGACCAGAAAGCUGUGGACGGAGCAUUGAUCAAAGCCAUUGAGUCAGUUCCUGAGUUGAAGACUUACCUUGGCGCAAGGUUUUCACUGAAACAAGGCAUGAAGCCACAUGAGCUUGUUUUCUAGAUUUCAAUAUAAACUUUUAUGUGUGUGUUUAGAGUAUUGUUUACUCUCAACGUUUGUUUUUGUUCUUGUCCACUUACUAGAAUUUUGGCUUAUACAUUCUAUAUUUUAUGUUUUCACAUUUGGUAUAAACAAUCGAUCUUAAUGUGAACUUUGAAGCAAUAUAUUUCAAUAGAUAGUAGUACU